CCCUACUUCUGGACUACUUUUUGCUCUGAAAUCUGAAAAUUCGGUUAAUUUGAGCUUAGAAGAACAGAGAAACAAUACUCUUGGUACUGGACUGGAAGAAAACUACGAAGGGAGAGAGCGAUGGUGAUUCGGCGGAAGCGGCCCAGCUGCAGCGAGCUGUACCUGCUGUGCGUUUUUCUGGGGCUGUCGUUGGAAGCUUGGCCCGGAAAGAUCCGGUACGUGGUGCCAGAAGAGACAGAGAAAGCUUUCUUCGUGGGCAACAUCGCUGAAGACCUAGGGCUACAACCUCAGGAGUUCAAAGAGCGCGGAGUCCGCAUCGUCUCCAGAGGUAGGACGCAGCUUUUCGCUCUGAACCCUCGAAGCGGCAGCUUGGUCACCGCGGACAGGAUAGACAGGGAGGAGCUCUGCGCUCAGAGAGCGCGGUGCCUGGUCAAUUUUAACAUCUUGGUAGAGGAUAAAAUGAAGCUUUUCCCUGUUGAAGUAGAAAUAAUUGAUAUUAAUGACAACACUCCCCAAUUUCAGUUAGAGGAAGUAGAAUUUAAAAUGAAUGAAAUAACUGCUCCAGGUACCAGGAUCCCUUUGCCUUUUGGGCAAGACCCUGAUGUGGGUAUGAAUUCAUUACAGAGUUACCAGCUCAGCUCCAAUCCUCAUUUCUCCCUGGAUGUGCAACAGGGAACUGAUGGAUCCCAACACCCAGAGAUGGUGCUGCAGAGUCCCCUGGAUAGGGAAGAAAAAGCUAUGCACCACCUCCUCCUCACAGCCUCUGAUGGGGGCAGCCCAGUCCGUUCAGGAACCCUCCACAUUCGUGUUCGGGUGGUAGAUGCAAAUGACAACCCUCCAGCAUUUACUCAAGCACAGUACCACAUGAGUGUCCCAGAGAAUGUGCCACUGGGCACUCAGCUGCUUAUGGUAAAAGCUACUGACCCAGAUGAAGGAGCCAAUGGGGAAGUAUCAUACUCAUUUCACAAUAUAGACCACAAAAUAGCCCAUAUUUUUCAGUUGAAUUCUUACACAGGAGAAAUAUCAAAUAAAGAAGCCCUGGAUUUCGAAGAACACAAAACUUAUCCAAUGGAAAUUCAAGCUCAGGAUGGUGCCGGCCUCAUGGCCAGAGCUAAGGUGCUGGUCAAAGUUCUAGACAUAAAUGAUAAUGCCCCAGAGGUGACCAUGACCUCUGUCACCACUGCAGUCCCAGAAAACUCUCCUCCUGGAGCUAUAAUUGCUCUUAUCAGUGUGCAUGACCAGGAUUCUGAAGAGAAUGGUGACACUACAUGUUCCAUUGCUGGAAAUAUACCGUUUAAAUUAGAAAAGUUGGAUGAUAACUAUUACCAUUUAGUGACAGAAAGAACGCUGGACAGAGAACUUACCUCCAGGUACAACAUCACAGUAACAGCAGCAGAUCAUGGAACUCCAGCUCUGUAUACUGAAAACCACAUUUCACUCCAAGUGACAGAUAUCAAUGACAACCCCCCUGUUUUUCCUCAGAACUCCUACUCUACCUUCAUUCUGGAAAACAAUCCCAGAGGUGCCUCCUUUUUCUCUGCCAUAGCCUAUGAUGCAGACAGCAAUGAGAACGCACUAGUCACUUACUCCUUGGUGGAGGACACCAUUCAAGGGAUGCCUCUGUCUUUGUAUGUUUCCAUCAACUCAGACACUGGGGUCUUAUAUGCCCUGCGAUCCUUUGACUAUGAACAGUUUCGGGACCUUCAACUGAGAGUGAUAGCCUGUGACAGUGGGGACCCCCCACUCAGCAGCAAUGUAUCGAUUAGCCUGUUCGUGCUAGACCAGAACGACAAUGCGCCAGAAAUCUUGUACCCUGUCCUCCCCACUGACAGUUCCACAGGCGUGGAGCUGGCACCCCGCUCCGCAGAGCCCGGUUAUUUGGUCACCAAGGUGGUGGCAGUGGACAAAGACUCGGGCCAGAACGCCUGGCUGUCCUACCACCUGCUCAAGGCCAGCGAGCCUGGGCUCUUCCAGGUGGGGCUGCACACGGGAGAGGUGCGCACAGCGCGGGCCCUGCUGGACAGAGAUGUGCUCAAGCAGAGCCUGGUGGUGGCGGUGCAGGACCACGGCCAGCCCCCUCUCUCGGCCACCGUCACGCUCACCGUGGCCAUUGCUGACAGCAUCCCAGAUGUCCUGGCUGACUUGGGCAGCCUGGAAGCCCCACGUGACUCCCAAGCUUCAGACCUCACGCUGUACCUGGUGGUGGCCGUGGCCGCAGUCUCCUGCGUCUUCCUCGCCUUUGUCAUCGUGCUGCUGGCGCUCAGGCUGAGGCGCUGGCACGCGUCGCGUCUGCUCCAGGCUGCAGGAGGAGGGCUGCUGGGCGUGCCGGCCUCGGCCUCGCAGUUUGUGGGCGUGGACGGGGUGCGGGCGUUCCUGCAGACCUAUUCUCACGAGGUGUCCCUGACCGCGGGCUCGCGGGAGAGUCACGUGAUCUUCCCGCAGCCCAACUAUGCGGACAGGCUCAUCAGCCAGGAGAGCUGUGGGAAAAGCGAGCCUCUUCUGAUAAUUCAGGAUUUACUUGAAGACAAAAAGGAAACAUUUUCUCAGGUUUGAAGUCUUGUCCUCUCCGCCGGCGCCCGCCAACGGUUUCAACCCACCGCGAGGAGCACGUGGAGACGCAGCCGCCCAUCCCGCGCCACAGCCACCUCCCCUAUUUUAUGCAUUCUGAAGAAUACAUUAGAUGUUUAAGUAACUUACAAAAUGAGGUAAUAAAGUGAAUGACAGAAAAUUUACUGUGCAACUUGAGAAAUAGUUUUGAAGCCUCCUGACUUGUGUAUUACGCCCAUAAUGGAAGUGACUAGCAAAAAAACAAGUAUAUAUUCCAUUUUAAUCUGUGUGUUACUUCUUCACAAGAAAUAUAUCA